UUUGGGUCCUGGCCUGCAUUUGUGAGCACGCGCUGUUGCGUGUGUAGCCUAAAAACCAUUCGGGAUCGCUCCGGAUCGCUCAAAGCUGCCCCUCUGCUCUCCUUCUAGUGCAUCCGUUAUGGCAGAGCCCGAUAACGAUCCCAGGGGGCAAGCGGCAGUCUCCGAUCAAUAUCCAGUGGCGAGACAGCGUGUACGACCCGCACCUCAAGCCCCUUGAAAUACGCUACGAUCCUGCCACCUGCCUUCACAUGUGGAACAAUGGCUAUUCGUUCCUGGUUGAGUUUGAAGACUCCACCGAUAAAUCAAUUAUUACAGGGGGUCCCUUGGAGAACAACUACAGGCUGAAGCAGUUCCAUUUUCACUGGGGGGCCGUAAAUGAGUGGGGCUCAGAACACACGGUGGACUGCAAGGUUUUCCCCGCAGAGCUGCAUUUAGUACACUGGAAUUCUUGCAAAUACCAGAGUUUUGAAGAGGCCAUUAUGGAGGACAAUGGGCUGGCUGUGAUCGGAGUCUUCUUGAAGCUCGGAGCCAAUCACAGGGGCCUUCAAAAACUGGUGGAUGCCUUGCCUUUGAUUAAGCACAAGGAUGCUCUGGUCGAAUUCGAGGAGUUUGACCCGUCCUGCUUGUUGCCGUCAUGCCCGGAUUACUGGACGUAUGCGGGGUCUUUGACCACUCCACCGCUUUCCGAGUCUGUCACCUGGAUCAUCAAGAAGGCGGCAGUAGAGGUUGAUGACGAUCAGCUCGAGGUCUUUCGGAUGCUGCUCUUCACCCCUGAUGGAGAAGAAGAGAAGAGGAUGGUGGACAACUUCCGUCCACUGCAGCCAAUCAUGGACCGCACUGUACGCUCCUCUUUCCCGGUCCAGCCCAGACUGAGCGUGGACACAAGGCCCAGUGAGCAGAUGUACCGGAUCCAGGAGCAAGUGCCCUUUAAGGAGACUGCAUAUCUUUAAGGAAGAAAGGCCUUAAAGGUUCUUCGCACCUUGUAUGUAAUUUUUAGGAUAUAGCUACAUGGAUGCCUGCCUGGAGAGGCGGUUGCCUCAGCAAGACUGGGGCUUUUCUGGACUUUCUUUUUCGUAGUACAGGACCCUGUUCUGACUAAAUGCCUUCUGUCGGCAGCAAUGCAAAGCAUCUCUGUAAGAGUUCCAAGCCUUGUUCUACCAUCAAGAUUUCUCUCCACCCGGUUGUUGUUUUUGGCAGAGCCACAAGACAAGCAGGGAAAGGUGUCCCAGGAGGACGCCACAGAGGUUUAACGAAGCCUAGCUCUUUGGGAAAAGGCAAGGCAUGGUUUGGAGGGGUUUGGAGGGGGGAGACAGCUUUUCUCAGCAGCCUGGUGCUUAUCUUGGUCCAGAUGGCCUGAUCUUAUCUGCCUCCGAGAUAAGUCAGCUCUAACUUUAUAGCAGUUAUAUAUUUAAGUGCAUCUUCUGUGUAUGCCGUCUGGACCCAGAGAAUAAGAUUGCAAAAGCCACUUCUGUAGUGGAUUUUAGCAGAUUUCAGAUGGUGAAUCAACGCAGGUGGACUUGCAAGCCCGUUCAGGUGAAGGAGAUAUUGCCGGCCUCCCAAGAAAAAGGCCCAACUCCUUCUGCCUUCAUGUCAGCAAAUGCAGCCGGCCUACUAACGUGGCUGCCACAUGCAUGCAGAUUAUCUGCAGAAUGAUCUCAGAACAGAAUAUAGAUAACCAGCGGCAGUUUAGAUUACUUUCCACGAAGAACAUUCUGAGAUUUGGAUGUGCCUCCGUUAACAGUGCUCAACUCUGGAAACUUGUUUAGCUUUCUCCAACUAUAGCCUAUAAGUAUUGGGGAGUUUGAUGUUAUAGUUUUAGUAUGCAAGCGUUAAACUAAUCAUGCUAAUGUUGCCUUUUAAGUCUACUAAACGUUGUUGAAAUUGCAGGGUGAACGGGAAACCGUUUUCCGCCAGUUUCACUUGCUUGAGCAGUGAUUGCUCCUUUAUGUUCUCCCCAAUCUGUUUAAUUUUCCAUUUUUUCCCACAUGGGGCAGUGACUCCUCCUCCUCAAAAGGGCAUGGCUUCUUUUCUGCAAGGUUAUCCUCUCUCCUUUCGGAAACUGGUGCUGGUGAUCUUUCACACCAAAUAGACAUCCAGCAUGACAAAAAUUACCCUGUGGGAGAUGCCAUCCUAGAUAUAUUUAGGAUAACUAUUUUAAGGACUGUAGAGAGGAAGAGUUGUUCACCACGCACAGCGGUUUAGUCCCUUGCAGAAAGGAGGUAAACUUUAUUUCCAGCCGUGGUGUUGAUCAGACGCGUGACAGGUAGAAUUGACUUUGCUUUUCGGAGACAGGAUUACUGUCUGGGCUUAGAGUAUAUAUGCAGCUCUUUACGUUGAAUAAGUUUAUUUUCUCGACAAUUCUCGUGCCUGCAUACUUGUAAUAUCUUCCUUCAGGUAUCUCUAUUUCUACUUUCAACAAACCAAACAAAUGAUGGUGAGACUGGUGGGAUUAAUAUCCUCCCCCAGGGCAUAGAUAAAAGGCGAAAUAAACUGUUACAUUUAAGUUGAUGAAUCCGUUAAACACAACACUUAUUUACAAACGCUUUCUGUUGCCACAAGUUGUUUCAGUUUUUAAUCCUCUUUCUGCGAAGGGAAAAAUAAAGAACUGUUUCAUUGCAUGGAGAGAGCUUGUGACUAGAUAAAAACCCUACUAAAUUGCAUUGGUGUGGAAGAACAAUUGCUCGCUGUGUUGAGAGAUUGGUGCUGCUGGAGAAUACCGCGACAGUUCAUUAUGCUCUUGGACUGCAUGAAACUGUGCUUUGAAUGCCAUUGUAUUUGUCUCUUCGCUCGAGCAAGAACUAUAAAGAGCACCAAGCAAAA